AUGGCCUUCCAAGGUCGUGAGGGUACACUGCUGUCAUUUCGCCCACUCGACAACAAUCUCUGCAACCUGCCGUCUUUUCGCAAGCAGCCUGGCAGUGUACCUCAUUGGACCUUGGAAGUGGAAGGAAUGGAUCCCCAGCGAGGCUCAUCAUUCAUCCGCACCAUCCGCAAUCAGCCAUCUGUUUCUUCGAUUCUCAGCCACUACCACUCGUUUCCUCCUUUUAUUCCGGUUUCCAGCGUCCGCAUUUCGCACCAUAAAUUGUACCAUCAUCACCAGCGACAUUCGCCCUUGCUCGAGCGUUGUACCACCACCAAUCGUUCUAGCGAUACCCAGCGAUUGAGCGAACUUCGGGCACUUUUCUCGACCCUUACCACAGCCACGAAUUCCCUUGCAUCAUCAGUACAUUCGCUAUCCAAAAAAUCAUUUCCCGGAGUUCGCUUAUAG